AUGGAGGAUCUUGAUUUUUUCAUAGGUGAUGAGGCUUUGCAAGCUGCCAAAGGUCCAUCUUAUGCACUUAAUUAUCCAAUAAGACACGGUCAAAUCGAAAAUUGGGAUCAAAUGGAGAGAUUCUGGGAAAAUUCUAUUUUCAAGUACCUCAAAUGCGAACCUGAGGACCAUUACUUUCUUCUUACAGAGCCACCAUUAAAUCCACCAGAGAAUAGGGAAAACACGGCUGAAAUCAUGUUUGAGUCAUUCAAUUGUGCCGGGCUUUAUAUCGCUGUGCAAGCCGUUUUGGCCCUCGCCGCUUCAUGGACCUCUUCCAAGGUGGUUGACAGAUCAUUGACAGGUACAGUUAUAGAUUCAGGAGAUGGUGUGACCCAUGUGAUCCCUGUCGCAGAAGGUUAUGUUAUUGGGUCUGCGAUAAAAAAUAUUCCAAUUGCAGGAAGAGACAUUACAAGCUUUAUUCAGACUCUUCUAAGAGAAAGGGGCGAAAAAGAUACAUCAUUGAAAACUGCUGAGCAAAUCAAACAGCAGUUCUGCUAUGUUUGUCCAGAUAUCGUGAAAGAGUUCAACAAAUUUGACUCACAUCCUGAUAUGUUUGCCAAAUACAUCGUCGAAACUGUCAAUCGAUCUAAAAUUGAGGUUGAUGUGGGAUAUGAAAGAUUUCUGGCACCAGAAAUAUUUUUCAAUCCUGAGAUAGCAUCGUCAGAUUUCCUAACUCCAUUGCCAACAAUUGUGGACCAGGUUAUUCAGUCUUCCCCUAUAGAUGUUCGUAAGAACCUUUACAAAAAUAUUGUCUUGAGCGGUGGUUCUACUAUGUUCAAAGAUUUCGGAAGACGACUGCAAAGAGAUUUGAAAUCGCUGGUCAAUGAAAGAGUCGCCCAGAGUGAGCGUCUGAGUGGUUCCAAAUCAAGUGGUGUCACUGUACAAGUGAUUUCACACAAAAGACAGAAGAACGCUGUGUGGUUUGGAGGCUCGUUGUUGGCGCAAACAGCAGAAUUUAAAAGCUACUGUCAUACCAAACGAGAUUACGAAGAGUAUGGACCAAACAUUGUUAGAAACUUUUCUCUAUUCAGUGUUCCAUGA